UGGACAGAACAGAAGACUGGCAGGAUCCUCUCUCUUACUUUCUCCCCCAGCCAGUGACUUUGGCGCACUAAGGUGCACUGGAUCCCUUAGCCCGGCGCAGAGCGCGCAGCCCAGGCUGAGAUCCGCGGCUCCUGUGGAAGUGAGCAUGGCUGGGCAGCGCGUGCUGCUUCUAGUGGGGUUCCUUCUCCCUGGGGUCCUGCUCUCAGAGGCCGCCAAAAUCCUGACAAUAUCUACAGUAGGUGGAAGCCAUCAUCUACUGAUGGACCGGGUUUCUCAGAUUCUUCAGGAUCAUGGUCAUAACGUCACCAUGCUUAACCACAAAAGAGGGCCUUUUAUGCCAGAUUUUAAAAAGGAGGAAAAAUCUUACCAAGUUAUCAGUUGGCUUGCACCCGAAGAUCAUCAAAGAGAAUUUAAGAAGAGUUUCAAUUUCUUUCUGGAAGAAACUUUAUCUGGAAGAGAAAAAUUUGAAAACUUAUUAAACAUUCUAGAAUACUUGGCGUUGCAGUGCAGUCAUUUUUUAAGGAGAAAGGAUAUCAUGGAUUCCUUAAAGAAUGAGAACUUCGACAUGGUGAUAGUUGAAACUUUUGACUAUUGUCCUUUCCUGAUUGCUGAGAAGCUUGAGAAGCGAUUUGUGGCCAUUCUUCCCACCUCAUUCAGCUCUGUGGAAUUUGGGCUACCAAGCCCUCUGUCUUAUGUGCCAGUAUUCCAUUCCUUUCUGACUGAUCACAUGGACUUCUGGGGCCGAGUAAAGAAUUUUCUGAUGUUCUUUAGUUUCUGCAGGAGGCAAUGGCACAAGCAGUCUACAUUUGACAACACCAUCCAGGAGCAUUUCACAGAAGACUCUAGGCCUGUUUUGUCUCAUCUUCUAUUGAAAGCAGAGUUGUGGUUCGUUAACUCUGACUUUGCCUUUGAUUUUGCUCGGCCCCUGCUUCCCAACACUGUUUAUGUUGGGGGCUUGAUGGAAAAACCUAUUAAACCAGUUCCGCAAGACUUGGAGAACUUCAUUGCCAAGUUUGGGGACUCUGGUUUUGUCCUUGUGACCUUGGGCUCCAUGGUGAACACCUGUCAGAAUCGGGAAAUCUUCGAGGAGAUGAACAAUGCCUUUGCCCACCUAUCCCAGGGGGUGAUAUGGAAGUGUCAGUAUUCUCAUUUGCCCAAAGAUGUCCACCUGGCUGCAAAUGUGAAAAUUGUGGCCUGGCUUCCUCAGAGUGACCUCCUGGCUCACCCCAGCAUCCGUCUAUUUGUCACUCAUGGUGGGCAGAAUAGCAUAAUGGAGGCCAUCCAGCAUGGUGUGCCCAUGGUGGGGAUCCCUGUCUUUGGAGACCAGCCUGAAAACAUGAUCCGAGUAGAAGCCAAAAAGUUUGGUGUCUCUAUUUCGUUAAAGAAGCUCAAGGCAGAGACACUGGCUCUGAAGAUGAAACAAAUCAUGGAAGACAAGAGGUACAAAUCUGCAGCAGUGGCUGCCAGCGUCAUCCUGCGUUCCCACCCUCUCAGCCCCACACAGCGGCUAGUGGGCUGGAUUGACCAUGUCCUCAAAACAGGCGGGGCAGCGCAUCUCAAGCCCUAUGUGUUCCAGCAGCCCUGGCAUGAACAAUACCUGUUGGAUGUCUUUGUGUUUCUGCUGGGGCUCACUCUGGCCACUCUGUGGCUUUGUAGGGGGCUGCUGGGCAUGGCUGUCUGGUGGCUGCGUGGGGCCAGAAAGGUGAAGGAGACAUAAGGCCAGGGUGUGCAAGGGUGGAAGAGGUGUGACCUUGCUAUGGUGUGACCCUGAUGAGGAAGCAGCCUACCAGACCUCGUUUCAGAAUCUUGCUGGAUUUUGCUUCCUCAGGCCCGAUGCUGAACUCUACUGGGCCUUACAAUUGAGCUGAAGCAGACAUUUGGAUGGUUCAAUCAAAUCUGCUUUCCACAGCUUCCAAGCUCACUGAGCACAGAGACCAUCUGUUUUCUGGACACUCUGUUUAUCUAACUGCAAUUGUACUCUCGUUUGAGGAUUCUCGACACUAGAGUUAUUCAGAUACCCUAAUAGACUAAAAAAUGAGAAGAAACCUGAAAAAAAUGGGCAAAAUCUAAGAGCAUAAAAUUUACACACUCACGUCUCCUGUGCACAUACACAUCACAUAAGUGCCCCUUAAACAUGUGAAACGAUGCUUGCCUUUGUUCACUUUGAGAGCAAGGCAAGUUAAAACUACAUUGUGAUACCAUUUUUCAUCAGAUUGGCAAAAAUUACAAAGAUUUAGUAACCCUCUGUGGUGAGGCUGCGAGGAUACAGGCUCUGUUAGCAUUGCUGGUGGGGAAACAAAAUGAUAAAACAUUAUGGAGGAGAACUUGGAGAUAUUUAACAAAACGACACAACACAUGCAUUUAUCUUUUGACCCAGGAUUCUCACAUCUAGGAAUUUUUCUUGAAGAUAUACCUUCAACAAGAUCCAAAUACCUCUGCUUAUUGCAGCAUUAUUUACCAUGCAUUGAAAACUACUAGGAACAACUGAAGUGCCCAUAAAUAGAAGGCUAGUUGAAGAAACCAUGGUGCAACCACACAAUGGAAUACUAUACAGUCAUGUAAAAGAAUUAGAAAGAUUUCCACAGAGUGAGGUGUUGUGGGUUCUAGGAGUGGUUUAUUCUGUGAAAGAAUAUAUAAUACCUUUCGUGUAUCUGCUUAUUUUUGCAAAAAAAAAAAAAGGAAGAAUAAAUUAGAAAAGAAUGAGACUGUUUAUCUCAAGGGGCUGGGUGGAAACAGGGAAAGGAUUGGGGAGGAAGUGACAUUUCCUUUCUAGAUAGGUUUGACAUCUAUAAUUAUAUUAUUAUUUUACAUAGUUUUAAGCUUAAAUGAACAAGAAUGGAGACUAAAUGGAAUAAAAAUAAAAAUAAA